GUCGGGCUCUGCUCAUUUCCGCCGUCCGUGCCCGGGCGUGCAAGUGCGCCUGCGCGCGCGCCCCUCGCGGCGGAAGUGGUGGCGACAAAGCUCGGUCCGCCUGGCCCCGGGAGUGCGGGGCGGGCCCGGGGUGCGGGGCGCGCCGGGGCGGCGGGCGGUGGGGAGGGCGGAGCCCAGGAGGUGGAGGCGGGAGCAGACUAGCACUGCCGCACCGAGCCGCCGGGCCGCCCGAGGCCAGUCCCCUCACCUGCUGCCCAUCCCGCCCCGCCCGCCUUCCCGGUUGCCGCCCCCACGCCGGGAGAGGCGCCCGUUCGGCGCCGCCGCUUGGCGAGGCGCUCCCGCGAGAGCGCGGGUUGCACGUUUUCAAAAAAUUCCUAAUGCUGAAAAUGAGACAAUGAUUCCUGUAUUGACAUCAAAAAAAGCAAGUGAAUUACCAGUCAGUGAAGUUGCAAGCAUUCUCCAAGCUGAUCUUCAGAAUGGUCUAAACAAAUGUGAAGUAAGUCAUCGGAGAGCUUUCCAUGGCUGGAAUGAGUUUGAUAUCAGUGAAGAUGAGCCACUAUGGAAGAAGUAUAUUUCUCAGUUUAAAAAUCCCCUUAUUAUGCUGCUUCUGGCUUCUGCAGUCAUCAGUGUUUUAAUGCAUCAGUUUGAUGAUGCUGUCAGUAUCACUGUGGCAAUACUUAUCGUCGUUACGGUCGCCUUUGUUCAGGAAUAUCGUUCAGAAAAAUCUCUUGAAGAACUGAAUAAACUUAUGCCACCAGAAUGCCAUUGUGUGCGUGAAGGAAAAUUGGAACAUACACUUGCACGAGACUUGGUUCCAGGUGAUACAGUUUGCCUUUCUGUUGGGGACAGAGUUCCUGCUGACUUGCGCUUGUUUGAGGCUGUGGAUCUUUCCAUUGAUGAGUCCAGCUUGACAGGAGAGACAACACCUUGUUCUAAGGUGACAGCUCCUCAGCCGGCUGCCACUAAUGGAGAUCUUGCAUCAAGAAGUAACAUUGCCUUCAUGGGAACACUGGUCAGAUGUGGCAAAGCAAAGGGUAUUGUCAUUGGAACAGGAGAAAAUUCUGAAUUUGGAGAGGUUUUUAAAAUGAUGCAGGCAGAGGAAGCACCAAAAACCCCUCUGCAGAAGAGCAUGGACCUCUUAGGAAAACAACUUUCCUUUUACUCCUUUGGUAUAAUAGGUAUCAUCAUGUUGGUUGGCUGGUUACUAGGAAAAGAUAUCCUGGAAAUGUUUACUAUUAGUGUAAGUUUGGCUGUAGCAGCAAUUCCUGAAGGUCUUCCCAUUGUGGUCACAGUGACUCUAGCCCUUGGUGUUAUGAGAAUGGUGAAGAAAAGGGCCAUUGUGAAAAAACUACCUAUUGUUGAAACUCUGGGCUGCUGUAAUGUGAUUUGUUCAGAUAAAACUGGGACCCUGACGAAGAAUGAAAUGACUGUUACCCACGUAUUUACUUCGGAUGGCCUGCGUGCUGAGGUUACUGGAGUUGGCUACAAUCCAUUUGGGGAAGUGAUUGUUGAUGGUGAUGUUGUUCAUGGAUUCUAUAACCCAUCUGUUAGCAGAAUUGUCGAGGCGGGCUGUGUGUGCAAUGAUGCUGUAAUUAGAAACAACACUCUAAUGGGGAAACCAACAGAAGGAGCCUUAAUUGCUCUUGCAAUGAAGAUGGGUCUUGAUGGACUUCAACAGGAUUAUAUCAGAAAAGCUGAAUACCCUUUUAGCUCUGAGCAGAAGUGGAUGGCUGUUAAGUGUGUGCACCGAACACAGCAGGACAGACCAGAGAUUUGUUUUAUGAAGGGUGCUUAUGAACAGGUGAUUAAGUAUUGUACUACAUAUCACAGCAAAGGGCAGACCUUGACACUCACCCAGCAGCAGAGAGAUCUGUACCAACAAGAGAAGGCCCAGAUGGGCUCUGCAGGGCUCAGAGUUCUUGCUUUGGCUUCUGGUCCUGAAUUGGGGCAACUGACGUUCCUUGGCCUGGUGGGAAUCAUUGAUCCUCCUAGAACUGGUGUGAAGGAAGCUGUUACAACACUCAUUGCCUCGGGAGUGUCAAUAAAAAUGAUUACUGGGGACUCACAGGAGACUGCAAUUGCAAUCGCUAGUCGUCUGGGAUUAUAUUCCAAAACCUCCCAGUCAGUCUCAGGAGAAGAAAUAGAUGCAAUGGAUGUCCAGCAGCUUUCACAGAUGGUGCCAAAGGUUGCGGUAUUUUACAGAGCUAGUCCAAGGCACAAGAUGAAAAUUAUUAAGUCUCUGCAGAAGAACGGGUCGGUUGUGGCCAUGACAGGAGAUGGAGUAAAUGAUGCAGUCGCUCUGAAGGCUGCAGACAUUGGAGUUGCAAUGGGUCAGACUGGCACAGAUGUUUGCAAAGAGGCAGCAGACAUGAUCCUGGUGGAUGAUGAUUUCCAAACCAUCAUGUCUGCAAUUGAGGAGGGUAAAGGAAUUUAUAAUAACAUUAAAAAUUUUGUUAGAUUCCAGCUGAGCACGAGUAUAGCAGCAUUAACUUUAAUCUCACUGGCUACAUUAAUGAACUUUCCCAAUCCUCUCAAUGCCAUGCAGAUUUUGUGGAUCAAUAUUAUUAUGGACGGACCUCCAGCUCAGAGCCUUGGAGUAGAACCAGUGGAUAAAGAUGUCAUUCGUAAACCUCCACGCAACUGGAAGGACAGCAUUUUGACCAAAAACCUGAUACUUAAAAUACUUGUUUCCUCAAUAAUCAUUGUUUGUGGGACUUUGUUUGUCUUCUGGCGGGAGCUGCGAGACAAUGUGAUAACACCUCGGGAUACAACAAUGACCUUCACAUGCUUUGUGUUUUUUGACAUGUUCAAUGCACUAAGUUCCAGAUCCCAGACCAAAUCUGUGUUUGAGAUUGGACUCUGCAGUAAUAAAAUGUUUUGCUACGCAGUUCUUGGAUCCAUCAUGGGACAGUUACUAGUUAUUUACUUUCCUCCACUUCAGAAAGUUUUUCAGACCGAGAGCCUAAGUAUACUGGAUUUGCUCUUUCUUCUGGGUCUCACCUCGUCAGUGUGCAUAGUGUCAGAAAUUAUCAAGAAGGUUGAAAGGAGCAGGGAGAAGAUCCAGAAGCCUGUUAGCUCGACAUCGUCGUCUUUUCUUGAAGUAUGAUGCAUAUUGCAUUCUUUUAUUUGCAAACUAGGAAUUGCAGUCUGAGGAUCAUUUAGAAGGGCAAGUUCAAGAGGAUAAUGAAGAUUUGAGAACUUUUGAACUUUUUAUUGACUAAAAAUGAGUGUUGAAGACUUGAUUUGAGACUUUAACCUGCUGACAGUCCCAAAUGAAAUUAUGCAACUUUGAUAACAUAUUCCUUGAUUUAAAUUGGCUUUUGCGAUUGAGUGGAACUUCGUAAAGUGUAUGGGCAGUUAUUUAAUUUAAAAAACAGGCAAAACCUGAACCAACUUCUGCACUUAAAGAGGUCUAACAGUUCAAAUACACAAUCUAUCCUAGAUAAAUAUGAUUUUUUUUUAAUUUUUAAAUAUUGUACUAUUUAUGGUGGUGGGGCUUUCUUACUAAUACACAAAUAAAUUUAAUCAUUUCAAAGGCAUUCUGUUUGGUUUAGAAGUUGAUUCACAGGAGUGCCAUAUUUCAGCUACUGUAUUUCCUUUUCCUGCAGUGUAAGCAGCUCAGCUACCUUGUAUUACCAUUUUUGUUAUCUCAAGUUUUUUUGCACAGGAUGUGACCACUGUCAGAUCACUGUUCUUUUCUUUCUUUUUGUGAUUGAAAAGCUUAUACUGCAAUUUGAAGUAAAUGUUUGCUUUUCUUA